GACGAAAGAUAUUACAUAUUUCAUUUCCUUAGAUUCGAACGCAUAUUCACCGUUCAUCUUUGAGAUGAGAGAGAGGACAGAGAUUAGGGUUAAAGAUGUUACACACUAUAAUAUCUAUUAGUUUUUCAUUCGAUCUUGUUAUUGAGAGUGUUUCUUAGAUUUUUCUUUCAGAUGUUUCGUUCGAUCUUGUUAUUAACAGAUUCUGUUAGUUUUUCGUGCAAUUGCAACUUUGAAUCUUUUGGGCGACAAAUUCUGAUAAGGGAUUAACUGAUGAAGCUGUUAAGUGAUAGCUGAAUGUUCUCCACCACCAGCAAGGAAAUAGUAAGCGAAAAUUUGAUAGUUGGUGUGGGUGGAGUUGGUAAAACCACUCUACUUUUGUAUGGUGAAGUGGGAGUGAAGGAUCACUUCAAACUCAGGGCUUUGGAUUGUGUUUCUGAUGAGUUCAAGAUUUUCAAUAUAAGCAAAGUUAUGGAUCAAUGGGUGACGGAGGAAAACAAGGAAUUUGCAGAUUUGAAUCUACUUGAAGAAAUGCUUAAAGAGAAGCUCGUGAAGAAAUGUUUUCUAAUAGUUUUAGAUGAUGUAUGGAAUGAAAGCUAUUUGUCUUUGGCUUUAAGAACACUUGGGAGGUUAUUGAGGACAAAAACGUAUGAGAAGGAAUGGAAGGAAAGAGAGAUGAGAUUGUUCCGGCUCUUAGACUAA